GAGUGAAAAUCAUGUAAACAACAUGGUUGACAACGUUGCUGUCAUGAUCGGAUAAUACACUAAGAAGUGCACGGGUGCUUUGGUACCAUGUCCAUUAUAUCCAUGUCCCGUCUUAAUUUCUAAUCAAACUGGCACACUUUCAAUUUUGAAUUACGUCCAUUGUCAUAAUCCCCGAGGUCCAAGUAGACAGAUUAGACAUGGCUUUGAAAGGGCAGGGGUCGCCCGGUCAAACGGAUACAUUUGACGGUAUUCGAAAUGGGAAUGAACCUAGCGGCCAGGGACCUACAAUACUCUCCGAUAACAACGAGCUCUCCUACAUUGUGUAUGAACACGACCCAGACUUGAUUGUAGAGAUUGACAUCCCCCUUGAUGAUAACGAACCCGUCAUAAAUGGUCACUCGAGGGGACCAACAGGUACUAAUAUACAUGUAUCAGGUGGUCAUUCUACCAGGAAGACUUCAUCCAAGGCCAAGUCAAACUCACCGGUGAAAACAAGAGGACGUCCAAUCCAAUCUCACGAGAUGGAACCAUUCCUUAGUGUAGAUAAUCUACCACCCGAGAAACGGGCGUCCCAGACAGUGAACUCUGGGAGCUCCAAGUCUCGUCGGAAGAUAAAAUCCUCUCCUGGUCCAGGAAAUCGUUCCUCGUUGUCCGGUCACUCUCCUUACGGUUCUCCUGCCUUCUUCCUCAGGAAUGGUAGACUGACGCCUGCAUCAUCUGUGUUCGUCACUCGGGAGGAUUCACCGAAAAAAUUAAACCACUGCAUCAAGAACCCAUUCAAACACUCUGUAAACUACACAACAGACGACUUGAACAUUGAGCGAGGAAAGACAGCCGAGCAUUGUAAAUCACCCUCAGGUGAGAUGGCGCAGAGAACAGCCUUUGCCACCUUCCAUAUGGGCAAGGUCCUCGCAAAGAACAACACGGAAAGUCCACCAAACAAACAGGGAAAGCUGCUCAAGGGAAAUCCUCCACGUCCACGUUCUGAGCCAUCUCGCAGAUUGCAGCCUCUGAAGCCGGUGGCUAUAGGCAGCGGUCCUACCAUUAGACAGUGCCGUGGCAUUGUGGCAGAAACAAAGAGUUAUGGUGCCCCGCCUAAUCGGACACUGGCUCGUCGUCGGGAAAUUGUCCAACAGAUACCCAACAUUCAUGAGUAUCUGUAUGAACGCCCACACACUGUUGAAAGUAUUCAUCGUACGUCCGAGGCUUCCAGUGUAGACGAAAACCGGGACAACAAUGUCAAGGUGGACUUCUCUGACCUUGACCUGGCAGAGAGACUUGACAGAGCUACUCCUACACCUACUGACCGUAACGUACCUCUGGGUCCUCCUGUCAGCGCCGCCUCACAGGAGCGUCAGAAACGAGGAGAUGAGUCCCAAGACCCAAGAGUGUUUGCCACAGAAAUCAGCACCAGCAGAACGGUUCCAGAAACCACAGACAUCAGCGAAAUUACAGCUGAAGAAUUACACAACAAAUUGAAUCUACAAAAUACUUCCAGCAAUGCCAAAACUGAGAAUGUACAGUGGAGAGACACUGAUACAGACAUAGGAGUAAUUAGUGAAGAGAGUCCAGUGCUGUCCAGACCACAGACAGCUGGUAGUGGACAGGGUCAGUCUCCGACAGCUGACAACAAUGUCCAAACACAAUCACGGCCACAUACUGCUGGAAGUGAUCAACUCCAGUCCAGACCUCAGACAGCCAGUAAGUCUGUACGCUUUGCUGAAGAUCCCACCAAAGAAAAAAAGGGACAAAAAUCAGGGAAAGACACAUGUAAACCUAGUGACCUAAGUAACGGUGACAACAGGGAUGAUGACUCAGAUGACCAAGGUCGUCCUAGUAGUAGGGAUAAAGGUCAGAGAUCAGGUCAGGGUGAAAUCAGGUUAAUUUCAGCUGGAAAUGCAGGACGGAGUUCAGCAGAAAGUGACAAACGAACCUCUUCAUCAAAGAGUGACAAUCAAGGGAAACAACAAAGUUUGAAAUGUUUGCAAAGCGAUAGACUUGAAAAUAAAGAGAAGACAACUGUUAAGCAAACAGUGUGUUUAAGAUAUGAGAGGAGUAAAGAUUUCAAGAAACCCUCCACCCUUCAGAUACAGGCGGUGGGACAUGGAGGGCAAGUUCAUACACUUAUUUGUCCAGAGAGUCCCACUAGCAGAAGUAGGUCACCAAGUCCUCAAAGAAGGGGUCAUAGGUCACCGAGUCCACAGAACAGAGGUCAUAGGUCACCUAGUCCACAGCACAUAGGUCCAGGGUUACCAACCAAUCAGAAAAAUACAAAGCAAUCUAAACACAACAAGAGUAACCGACUUAUAAGACCAUCAUCAGCCAAUAUGUCAGCAAGGCAACAGACGACAUUCAGGGCACAAAAAUCCAGUAAUACGAAAGUUUGUUUUGAAGAGGACCGACCCCAACACAAAUCUAUAUUUGUUGAAAAUGAGGAUGGCGAUGAGUUGUAUGUAGGGAUCCGGGAAGACCAGGCUCUCACCUUUGAGGACAUUGAGGCUGAGCUGAGGGCACUACAGGAGGACAUUCAGGACAGACGUGUAGCUGAGGAACACAGGGAUGUACUACAGGACGACAGCAGUGAUGACAGCACUGUUGUGGAGGACAGGAUCGACGAAUCAGAUCAUUAUUUACUAGGACUGAGCCAGUCAGAAGAGGAUCUACUGGCUGAUGUAAGGAGUGAGGAUCCUGUGGAUGACAUCCAGCAGGAUUGCUGGGGAGACUUGUCCGGUUUGUUAGCUAUUUAUAGGAGGAAGUGUAUGGAGGUUAGUGAGAACUGUGGGGAAAUCAGUGGCAAGCUGACCACUCCUCGUAAACCAAAGGUCAAACGACGACCUUACAGUGCCGGCAGUACCUCCUUAUAUCGCAAAGAUAGUUGUCAGUCUGUGUACACAGUGGACAGUGGUAAGGGGGAGAGCUCAGGGGUGGUCACAACAGACGGAAGUGUCGUUGGUCUGUCUCACGCUACUUCUAAUCUCACUCUGGACAGUGGACUCAGUUUAGCUGAUAGUGAUGCAAGGUCAAGGGUCAAUGACCAGUCCAAGCUGGACAGUAUAACACUGGUGCAGGACUCUCGUGAAACGGACGGUGAAGCAGUGUCCAGGGGAGGAGAUUCCUGUGUGACAGGAGGAACUGUGCCUCCACUGGAGCUCCACACCAAACAACAGGUGGAGCCACUGGAGCUCCCCACCAAACAACAGGUGGAGCCACUGGAGCUCCCCACCAAACAACAGGUGGAGCCACUGGAGCUCCACACCAACCAACAGGUGGAGCCACUGGAGCUCCACACCAACCAACAGGUGGAGCCACUGGAGCUCCACACCAAACAACAGGUGGAGCCACUGGAACUCCUCACCAAACAACAGGUGGAGCCACUGGAACUCCACACCAAACAAGCACCACAGGUGGAGCCACUGGAAGCUGAGCUUGUGGUAGAGGAUGUUGAUGAAGACCGAACAAUAGUGGACACCAAGGCACUGCUGGAGAUAGUGUGUGAGGAACUAACCACUCAUCAAAAGAAACUACAGCAGGAUGCAGAAAUGCCACUAAUACCUAAAGUGGAGCCUGUACCUCCAAAGGAAGAUCUCGAGAUUGUAGCUGAGGUGAAGACUUUAAACAAACAGAAAAAGAAGAAGGCACCACGAAGCGGCCCUAUUGCCCCGUUUGCUCCAGUUUGUUUUGAGAUCAAUGCCAGACCACCAAAGGGAUACCUGUAUUACUUUGCCUAUGGUACAGAGAUGAGCAUAUCAAGGCUUACCACCUAUAUUAAGAGGGAGCCACAGCGUUACUGGGGACUCCUGUUCGGUUUCCAGCUGGUAUUCAAUAAGAAAGGUGCUGACUUAGAGGCGGGAGGCUUUGCCAACAUAGAGUUUAAUCCCUACAGCUCUGUGGAGGGGUGUGUCUACCCAAUUACACAGCAGGAACUGCUUCUACUGGACAAGCAUGUCGGCUAUCCUGAGCACUAUGAACACCUUGUGACCCCACUGUGGCUGAUGAACUCCCUAGAUGACCCUAACGACUACGGUGUGGCCCAGUACUGUGUACCUGCUCUCACCUUCAUUGCCCAGGACAGGUGGAUAGAGACAGAAGAAAAAUUGGAUUGCAGUGGAUCGCUUUCUCAAUGCAUCAAGAGUUCCGAUAUGGUUACACCAGGUUACCAUGAUCACAUGGUCAAUGUGGGCGCAAUAAACAGUGGCAGAGAGCAGAUCGCCGCAGCUUAGUUAUAACAUCAUCUCACUAUAGCUCAUAGGUCCUUUGGUGCGUUAAGGAGGUUAGAUGGAGGAUUCACCAGCCAGAUAAUUCACCUCAGUAUUCAACAGGAGUAUUCAACAAGAGGAAUAUUCACCAGGCUGAUAUUCAAACUUGGUAUUCAACCUAAGUAUUCAACAGGAGUAUUCCACAUGAGUAUUCCGCAGGAGUAUUCCACAAGAGUAGUAAUCAAUACAAACAGUAUUUAAGACAGAUGUUGAGCUAACAUACGUCCAAGUCUAGGACAUCACACAGGUCCAUUGACAACUUAGGUACUUCCUGCCGCUGUUUAGAGUACCCUGCGUGUACUGACCUCCUGUUUAGAGUACCCUGCGUGUACUGACCUCCUGUUUAGAGUACCCUGCAUGUACUGACCUCCUGUUUAGAGUACCCUGCGUGUACUGACCUCCUGUUUAGAGUACCCUGCGUGUACUGACCUCCUGUUUAGAGUACCCUGCGUGUACUGACCUCCUGUUUAGAGUACCCUGCGUGUACUGACCUCCUGUUUAGAGUACCCUGCGUGUACUGACCUCCUGUUUAGAGUACCCUGCGUGUACUGACCUCCUGUUUAGAGUACCCUGUGUGUACUGACCUCCUGUUUAGAGUACCCUGCGUGUACUGACCUCCUGUUUAGAGUACCCUGCGUGUACUGACCUCCUGUUUAGAGUACCCUGCGUGUACUGACCUCCUGUUUAGAGUACCCUGCGUGUACUGACCUCCUGUUUAGAGUACCCUGCGUGUACUGACCUCCUGUUUAGAGUACCCUGCGUGUACUGACCUCCUGUUUAGAGUACCCUGCGUGUACUGACCUCCUGUUUAGAGUACCCUGCGUGUACUGACCUCCUGUUUAGAGUACCCUGCGUGUACUGACCUCCUGUUUAGAGUACCCUGCGUGUACUGACCUCCUGUUUAGAGUACCCUGCGUGUACUGACCUCCUGUUUAGAGUACCCUGCGUGUACUGACCUCCUGUUUCCCCCUGAUUGACAUCAGAUCAACAUUAAUACCUGACAACCACCAUACCAUUAGAUUUGAUUUAAUUUGUACUGAAUGAAUUCUACACCAGUUUAUUUCUACUCCAAACUAUUUGCUCAAACUGAAUAUUUAUAUAAAUAUAUAUAUUUUAGUGAUCAGUAUUAAAUCAUUCUUCUCUCAUCAAUGUAUAUACCAAUGUGUACAAAUAUCAUUUAUCAAAAGUACUUUCAAAAUAUUUAUAUUUCUAAGGUUACAUAACAAUAAUUGUCCUGUAUAAUAUGUAUAUGAUCUAUGUGACAUAGACAAGUAUUUCUACUGUUUAUGUUUAUAUGUUAAUCAGAUCUGAUGUAGGUUGUUAUUUUAUCCUGUUAUAAGAGGUUAUCCCCCUUUGGUAACUAGUACCUGUCAGUCUAGUAUCCAGGCAGUUCUAAGGGAUUGUCUCUCUUCAGUAACAAGAGUGCUGGCUAGUUUUGUUUCCAGACUGUUAUAAGAGGUUAUCCCCCUUUGGUAACUAGUACCUGUCAGUCUAGUAUCCAGGCAGUUCUAAGGGAUUGUCUCUCUUCAGUAACAAGAGUGCUGGCUAGUUUUGUUUCCAGACUGUUAUAAGAGGUUAUCCCCCUUUGGUAACUAGUACCUGUCAGUCUAGUAUCCAGGCAAUUCUAAGGGAUUGUCUCCCUUCAGUAACAGGUGCUAAUUAGUUUUGUUUCCAGACUGUUAUAGCAGGUUAUCCCCCUUUGGUAACAAGUGCCUGUCAGUCUGGUACCCUGGCAGUUUUUUAAAAUGAUUUUUCGGUCUGGUAUCUGGGCAGUUAGGAGGAAUUGUCUCCCUUUAAGAAUUGAUGUUUAUCAGUCUGAUGUCUAGAAUGUCUACCUGUAACAUGUCAAGAACUGUAUCUAUCUCUUUGUAAUUUCUAUAUAAUUGGUCUUGCAGACACCACUUCUGCAGAACUCAUCUUCUUUUCUCAAGUAUUUAUGCAUAUGCUUAUUGUGUUAACAGAGUUUAUUUAUAUAGCCUGUAUAGAAAUAGUCUAUACAGAGUUGUUAUAAGAUACCUCCUUUACUUGAACGGUUUUAUGUUUUUGAGUAUUGUGUAUAAGCUACUUGUUUGUUUUGAUUAAGAUAAUGGACAUUCUUGAGCUGUGGUCCUCAUCCUGUGUGUAAGAAAACAUGGACAAAUAUCAAUAAACGUAUUGUUAAAGUUAUUUUUAUUUAUCAUAGUAAAUUAACAUUUCUGUAGAUUUGAUAUAUAAAUGCAAAAUGUAUUUUACUAUGAGCUUUAGUGGAAUGCCAAAGAAGGAAGGACACACUUUGUAUGUUGCUUUGCUUGUUAGGUGAUAUCCUGUCAAUUGUAUUACAGUUACCACCAUCAGCUACAAUUGUGGAAUAAAAUCUUGUAUAAACCCCUUUUUAUAGUCAGUAACGGCAAUCACAUAGCGUUUCCCUCCUUUAUCAUCUAGGGCGGUAAUCAUGUGACGUCUCUUUUCUUCUGCGUCUGGAGCGGUGGUCACGUGAGGUUACCAUCUUUUACUGUCUAUGACGGCUAUCAGAAACAUUUGCUUCCACUAUCGUCAGGUGUAGCAGUCACGUGAUUCUCUAUCCUUUACUGUAUGUUGCGGUAGUCAUGUGACUGCUAUCCUUUACCGUAUGUUGCGGUAGUCACGUGAAUCGCCAUCCUUUACCGGGCCUCAGACCACAAUUAAUUCUACUAUAUGUUACUACCAAACGCAAAAUUAAAUUAAAUUAUUUUAAAACUUUGAGCAGGGUCUGGUUCCUAUUUCAUACUGUAGGUCUAUUCAGACUGAACAUACAGUGAGCUGGAAAGUACCUCAUGACCGGCAUUUAAGAAAGAUAAUUUCAUUUGAAUGCCACUUCCCUGCAUGUAUAGGGGAAAAUACCAAAAAUCACAAAAUAUCACUACCCAAGCCUCAUCACUCAUUGUGUCCUGCUGCCAAUACAAACUAGGAAACUGUCAAAUAAAUUUAAUCACUAGAAUAGAUAUUGUUGAACAAUUCUAUGUAAAACAAAUGUACAUAUCUGUCAUAGAUCAGACAGGAAAAUAUAUUUAUUAACCCACCUGAAAUGUCCGUAUGCACUACAUUCGCGUACAACGACCCGGAAGUGUAAUUGUGGUCUGAGGCCACCGUAUGUUGCGGUAGUCACAUGAUUCUCUAUCCUUUAUCGUGCGUUGUGGUAGUCACGUGAUUUCGUACACCAUGCUGUGUCUGAUGCAUAUCUAUAAUUACCAACUCUUCCCUGUGAUAACUUAUCCGUCCAGCCUAAGUCUGAUAUCUUGUGUUAAUGGAAAUAUUUUUAUUACUGAUAUUUAUUUACUUUUAGAAAGAUUAAUUUACAAAUGUACGGUAUAUUUAUUAACUUGUUUUUCUCAAGUAAAAUGUUUUUGUUUCCU